UAAACCUCCUUCACUGACAGAUAAAUGCACUUCCACAUCUACAUUGUCGUCGGUAUCUUCACUGCCUCCAUCUUUACAUGCUUGUCUGGGGGGCUUGGUGCGGUUUCAGAGUCAGAUAAAGAACCUCUGCCUGGCUUCGCUUUCAGUUGGUUAGAUGACAAGGAUACAUUUGACGCUGGUGAUGUAGCAAUUAUAAAGAUCAAAGUAUUACCCAAUUCUGUCGGUGGUGCCAAUAUUUUCCCUGAUCAAAAUCCCUUCAAUCUUUCGCUCGCAGUGAAUGGAAGAAAGGGCAAUAGUACAUAUAUAUCUGGUGUGUCAUUAAUUUUUGACAGGAAUUCUACUGAUUGGAGUAUUUCCUUCGUACCGAUUAUGGUUGGGGUGUUUAAUGUCCUUAUCAGCGAUGAUCAUUUUGGGAUUUCAGAUUCAUCACUUCAUUUCCAAGUUUUAGCAGGGCAUAUGUACCCAUCUGUGUCUGUUGCUUCAUGGGGGAAUCUUGUUAAUGAGUUUGUCGCUGGGACGAGGGCUACUGUUUUAAUGCUUUCUAAAGAUGCUUUUGGGAAUAAUAUAUCAUCAACCAGUGAUGAACCGGGUUCCUAUAUAUUUACGUUAUCUGCAUUUUAUGAAAAUGGUUCUCUUGCAAGUGUUCUCAACAUCUCCUACAUGGGAUGGAAUGGAUUCGGCUAUGUUGGUGUCAAGUUUAUUGCUGCCAUAGCUGGAAGUCUUUUAUUACAUGUAGAGGUGGGGAACCAAACCUUGAGUGGCUCUCCUCUACCAUUCAAGGUAAAUCCAGGGCCACUGGAUAUCUCCAAUUGCUUGGCAAAAUGGAAUUAUGAAACAAAUGCUCUGCAAAUAUUUUCUAAGCUAGAGAUCUUUAUACACCAACAAGAUCAAUAUGGAAACCUUGUUCCAGGUUUAUAUGCAUUUGAUGCUCAAGUUGUUGAGAAGGAAACAAAUUUGUCUAUUCCUAUAGCAGAUUUGAACUUUAAAGAGGUGGUACCAGGUAUUCAGUUGUUUUCUUUCAGUGCACUUGAACUGGGGGACUUCAAGCUCACAAUUUAUGAUGGGGAGCAGAACCAGAGCAUCUCCAAUAUGCCAUAUGACUAUACUGUUUUUAUAGGUUACUGUGAUGGACUGAAGAGUGUUGUCAAUGGUUCUGGCUUAACUGGUUCUGUUGCUGGCCAGAUAUCAAAAUUUUCAGUUUAUUUGAAUGAUAGAUACGAAUAUCCCUCUCCAAUUGAUGCUGAUAGGAUUCGGGUGCGAAUUUUGAGAAAAGUUGAUUCAGCUAAUGUAUGGCCAAGCAUUUAUCCUAUGCAGCUCGCUAAUGCCACAAUGCAUGCGCCCACCGGAAAAUUCAGUUAUGGGGAUACCAGCUUUAUUGGAAGUGCUCCUGCACCAUCUAUUGACCCAAAGAACAGUUCUGCUGCACACACCAAAAUUCAGACUAGUGUUUUUGAUGUCAUUUAUACACCCGAAAAAUCUGGACUCUAUGAGAUCCGAGUAUUCUGCGGAAAUAUUCCAUUAAAUAAUGGCAAUCCUUAUACAAAGGAAGUAACAGCAGGUGAAGUGAAUGUAUCACUCUCAGGAGUUGUAAAAUUUGUACCCAAAGUAUCGAAGCUGGUUAGAAAUGAAAUUGUGGUACAACUCAUGGAUUCAUUUUCCAACCCUGUUCUAAUGCAGCAAUCAAAGCUGAGCCUUGAGAUUGGUUCCAUCAAUAAUUCUGGUUUCUUGAAUUGGAAGUUCAUGGAUAACAGAGAUGGGUCCUAUGUUGGUUACUUUUUAGCCAAGGAUGUUGGCACCUACGAGAUGUGCAUUUCAUUUGAGGGAAAACGCUUGUCUCCUUGUCCUUUUGGGGUCAACGUUUACAGUGGGGAAUAUUUUCCUAAAGCCUAUAAUGAUACUCUAUUUGUUUGGGAGGAUGAGUCAGUUGCUUUUGAUGCUAUAGGAAAUGACUACUUCGCUGGUGGAAAUGCAAGCAUUGUUGAAUCGUCAAUGCCAUGUCAUGGAUCACUUCUCCAGUAUGGUCAACUGUUCAGAUAUACACCUUAUAAAGGUUACUUUGGGAAUGAUUCCUUUACUUACACUAUAUCUGAUAUAAAUGAAAAUAUGGUUUCCGCCUCAGUAAUUAUUUCCAUCCUCAGUACUCCACCCCAGUUUGUUUCCUUACCUGUUCAAUUGCAAGCAACUGAAGAUUUGAUAAGCCCCAGAUUUGGUGGUUUUACUGGUUUUGAGAUAAAGUACUCUGACUCAGAGGAGAACAUCUCCGUUACUCUCAGUACCCAAUUUGGUUCGAUAUUUCUUUCUCCUAUGCCAAUGCAGUUCUGGCAAUCAAGAUGGAAUCCACUUGCUAUCAGCGAAGGGGAAGGAGAUUGGAAGGGUUUGAUCUUAGAGGGCCAUGUGGAAGUAAUUAAUUUUGCUCUUCAGUCAAUCCAGUAUCUUGGAAAUGAUAACUUCAGUGGAGAUGAUUUCAUCCAUGUUUCUACCAUGAACAAAAAUGGAAUAAAUGAUGCCCAUGUUCCAGUUUUUGUACAACCUAUCAAUGACCCUCCAUUUAUUCAUGUCCCUGAAUUUAUAAAGUUGCGGAAGCAUGAUGAAGGUGGUUCGCAGAUCUUCAACAGUGAAAGAGAUCAGUUUGAAUUCCUAAUUGGAGAUCCAGAUCUUUUUAAUUUUCCUGGGAAUGAGUCUCGCUUUUUGGUCACACUUUCCAUGGAGGUUAAUGCUGGAAUUUUGGUAACUAACCUACCAAUUCACCUUAUCAAUACAACUGAACUGAAGCUGAAGAGCAGUAACCAGUGGCAGCCCCUUCAGACUUUUGUCAGUAUUUCAAGACAUUUUUUGGUCAAGGCAAAAGGAGUUAGAUUCAGGGGAACAAUUAAGGACUGCAACAAUGUCAUGCAGCAACUGUCAUAUCAAGGUGGAGAAUAUGGAGCUGUUCUAACCGUGGCUGUAAAUGAUAUGGGAAAUUAUGGUUGUUAUCCAGAUUGCUCUGAAAGGAUGUCAUUUCCUCUUUUUGCUGAGGCUACUGUAAAUCUAAUCGGGAGACAGCCAAUGAGUUCACUGGCAGCUCAUUCCCUCGGAUCAGCAAUUGUGAUUGAAUUCAUUAUGAUGUUUGCCCUUGGAGUGCUGCUACUCUUUUUCACAUGUAAAUGUGCCAUAGCUCUUGAAAAUGAAAGAAAAAACCGUUGUGCUAGGAACAUCAAGCACUCCAGACAGGGAAAUUUUCAAAAACAUACUUCAAGUGGAACUUCAUCAGAGAAUGUGACUUACUUCACAGCUGCUUGUUCAAGUACCAGGAGUCAGCCUUCCAACUUCUGCCAGCGGUCUCGCCGGCUGUCAGGAAAUGGAAGAUCUAGCAAAGAUGAACAUCGUUCCCCCCAAUCUUCUGAGCAAAGCCCUCGAACCAGUUUCAUGCCUCUUUCCGUUGAAAAGGACUAGAUGAACCUG